AUGGGCGGCCUCCUCGCCGCCACCGGGCGCAACGCUGACAAAAUCGCCACCCGGCAGCUCCACGUCGUCGCGAAUCUUCGGAAAUGCAUCCGGGAAUGCGGCGGCAUGAACGUCGACAGUCGCCGGUGGGUCCAUGGCGUGGACCUCAUGCAGCGCAUGCUCGAGAUCGACCCUGCCCAGCGCAUUUCGCCCACGCAAGCGUUGGCCCAUCCGUUCUUGGCGAGUGGUACCGUCGUGUCGCCACCACCACACGGGCUGACCACAGGACAAGGACAAAACGCUCCUCAUCCUGUCAACACUGACGUGGCCACGUUUUCGUUGCGAUGA